AUGAAGUGCUUUAUUGUGUUUUCGCUUCUAGCAGUGGGGUGCGCCGUUGGCCAGUUCAGCGAUGGUCGUUACUCUCCGGACCAAUUCCAGGGAAGAUUUGACGAUGGAAAGUAUAGACCGGAUAACAGUGGAGCUUACCGACCAGGUGACGAUGGAAAGUACAAAGGAAACGGCGACGGACUGGGAUCUGGUAACCGUAGGCCACUCGGCAAUCGGCCAUCUGGUUUCGGAGGAUUCACCGCCCCAGUGCAGGUCAUUAGCAGACCACCGGUCCAGAUUAUCAGCAGACCACAAAUCCAGGCUGCUCCAGUGUUCGUUGCGCCAAACAGAAACAAUGAUUACGUAUCCAAUGGAAACCAGAUUGGAAUCAAGGAAUUCAUCAAUGAACUGCACGAGGAUGGAUACAAAUAUCGUUACUUGACCGAGAACAACAUCGAUGUUGCCGAGGCUGGCCAAAUCGAGAACCGUGGCAGCGACAGCGAAGUGCUCCGUGCCAAGGGUUACUACGAGUUCACCGCCGAUGAUGGCGUGCGCUACCGCGUGGACUAUAUUGCCGAUGAAAAUGGCUUCCAGGCUGAGGGAGCUCAUUUGCCAACUCCCCCACCAAUUCCGGAGGCUAUUCUUCGAUCGCUGGAGCUGCAGCGUCAGGGUUAG